UCCAUGUUUACCAUUCCGGUUGUGACGAUAAAACGAUAGUGUCACAGCAGUGUCAAGACAGGUGCUCGGGUCGUUACAGUAGGAAUGUAGCAGGAAAAGCGUACGACGCGAUGGUCGAGUAUGACAUUGUAUCGACCGACAGAAUGUGUACGCGGCCGUAUUUAUGAGAACGAGCUACGAGCCACGAGACGGUAACGUAUAAUACAAAAAAAGUCAAACGAAAAAUGAUCGGUUGCAAUCGGAUUAUGGUGUACACGGUGCUUCGACAUUCUCAACCUGGUUUCAAAACGCGUGAAUUUUCAUAUAAUACGCAAACUCGUUCAUCCAUUGACCUGUCAAGUCCUCAGUUGCUUUCGUCGCUCGAUAUGAUCGAACGAUUAUGUCGAGAACUUUAAGAUAAACGUUACAGUCAUCUACACCAGAAAGAUGUCAGAUGAUGAGAGACAAAUUAGAAUGGCUGCUGAGGCCAUACUAAGUGGCUCUAUCAAUUCCCAGAGGAGCUCAGUCACUCAGCAUAGCAUCACAAGAACACCAGAUAUCGUUCUCAGUGAGGAUCUGAUUGCAGGAGCAAGACACAACGGCAGGAUGUCCCAUGUUAGGCGUUCCUUUUGUCUCUUCGUCACCUUUGAUCUUCUCCUUACGUUUCUCAUGUGGCUCAUUUGCACUAUGAUCGCAGGCCAAAGUUUGAAAACAGCUUUUGUAGAUCAGGUGGUUCAUUAUCAUAUAAAGACGUCCCUGUUUGACAUCGUGAUGGCAGCGAUUUGCAGGUUCACAGUCUUGUUGCUCUUUUAUGCGCUGCUGUAUAUCAAUCACUGGAUCAUCAUAGCUAUAUCGACUGCCGCAACAUGUGUCUUCUUGAUCGGCAAAGUUUUUGCUUUCGACUGGUCAUCGACGAAUCAACCAGUAUUCCAAGUUCUGCUGAUUAUCACAUCUUUUGUACUUGCAUGGGCGGAGGCUUGGUUCUUCGAUUUCCGCGUGAUUCCUCAGGAAAUUCAAGCGAGAAAUUGGUUUCGAAAUCAUUCGGCAACAGAGAGAUCUCCGCUGAUACAAACAGUUUCCGAAUCGCGGCAAUACAGCGCCGUCGAUCACAUGAGUACAUUUUUUACACCUAUGGACUCUGAUAAUUCCGACAAUGACGAGGAUAUCUCCAGGAAGCAAGGAGACACAAGUAGUGUACCACACGAAGUACUCAUGUGUAUAGCGGCACUCACGCCCGACGAGAUAGACGAUUAUAAGACGAAGGCGUCCAAGUUGUUGCAAAAUUGUCACGAUUUAUUAACGUCGAAGGAAUGGAAAGUCGAGACCACCACAACCGAAGGCGAUGUUGUAUCCUAUAUGCAACCUCCUAAGCCGGGUGGGAGAAUUGUGAAGAUCACCGGCAUUAUUGAUGCACCUGCCAGCACGCUAGUCGAUUGGCUGUUCGAAGGUAUCGAGGAGCAUCCUUCGUGGAACAAGCUUGUAAUGGAAUCAGUGAAGUUACAGAACAUCGAUGAAAAUACGGAUAUCGUGUAUCAAUCGACAAGCCCGCAAGGUGGCGGACUCAUCACUGCGCGAGAUUUCAUUAUUCUACGACAUCGCAACAAGUGUGGCAAUUUUUAUGUAAGCAGCGGUGUGUCUAUCCCCACGACGACGAUCCCGAAUCGCAAGCACAUGAUCAGGGGCGAAAACGGCGUGGGCUGUUGGGCAGCGGAAGAAUUGUCCGCCGAAAACAGCAACAAGUGUCGCUUCACCUGGAUUUUAAAUACGAAUCUGAAGGGUUGGAUACCGCAGAAAGUGGUGGACAGAUCGUUGUCCACUGCUCUCAUAGAUUUCAUGACGUAUUUGAGGAAACAUCUGGUUGAUUCGGAGAAGUGAGUCCGAUGCAGCGUCGCUCGUAGAAUCAGUACAUAUAACCGGAUUACCUACCUUCGUUGGAUUACUAUGUAAGAAAGAAACAUUCAGCGAACGUGUAACGCGCCUAAUCCCGUGAUAUUUUGCGCGCGUUACGUUCGUGCACACAUAAAGCAAGUACAAGUGAAAGACCCAACGGAGAACGCGCUCUGAGAAGCUGAAAGAGCGCGGGCAUUUUUUAAAUUUCUUUUUUGGUUUCUUUUUUUGGUUUCUUUUUUCUAAUACAGUUUAGUUUGGUAAUCGACUAUGUGAGAGCAUUUAAGAUACUGUGUGAAAUAUGACAAGUCCGCAUUCAUUCGCAUGAAAGAAAGACGCAUGAAUCGGCCGCGGUUUUGUAUAAGCUAGAAAGAUAUAUGUUCCAUUUUAUAUUCGCGUAAGUGUAUCAUUCUUGUCAAUUCUUUUAGCUCCGUAGAAAUCUUACGAAUUAUCGUACAGAUAUCGUAUCUAUAUGCCGUGCAAGAAAAGAAAAUGUUGUGUUAGCAGAAUCGGUCAACUACACCAUAAUUGGAGUAAUCUUCUCAAUUCUAAAAAAAACAAUGUAUUAUAUAUAUAUUGAAAUUAAUGCGUCUUACAUUAUUUUAAGAACUCUAAUUAUUUUCUCUAUAUUAUUUUCUCUAUAUUAUUUUCAAUAAUAUAUAUUGCUAUUGAAUUCAAAAAGUUUACUCUUAUCAUAACGUUGUUGAUUAACUCUGUUGACACAACGGCAUUUUUUCUCGUGUAGUACAGCGUCAUCUUGAAAGUCAGAUGCUGUAUUUCUCAUGUGAUCUCCGUCUCCCGUGUAAAGACUCACGGUAACUUAUUAUUACAAUUUGCGAGGUUCUUAACAAAUUAUUUUCACGGGUAAAAAUCUUGUUGAAUCAAUAGAAUGGAUCAAGCGCGCUGUAGUCGGAUGAAUCUUCUUGAUCGUAAUAUUAUUAAAACUAAUGCUCGAAUUAUUAAAUCUUUUAUAGGAAACGGCUCCCUGAAAAGAUUUUUUAUAUUUUUUUACAUUUCAUGUUUGGUUUGGACAAUACAUUGAUCAGUGACUGUCUUGGAGAAGAAUGUUAGCGGUCAAAAUGUCGACUAGUGACUUGUAAAAGAUUGAAACAAUAUAUGAUAUAUUAAUUUCAACAAUAUUGCUAUUGAAUCAAAAACAUUUAUUCCAACUAUGACGCUGUUGACUAAUUCUAUUGAUUCAGCAGCAUUUCUUUUUCGUUUCUACGUUUCUUACCUGUACUAUUAAUCGCGUUAAUUAGGCGUAUUCACGUGGGAGACAGGAUAUUAUUCUGUUAUAUAAUCGUUAUUUUCUAUACGAGACGUGUCGUGUAAUAGUUUUAAGGCUACAUAUUACGUGCUUUUUGUAAGUGCCUACGAAUGUUCGGUUAAGCGCUCGUAUCUUUCGACGUACAUCGAAGAUACACACACACACACAUACACACACACAUGUAAACAUAUAUGCUUGAUAAGUAACGAGAACAAAGAAAGAAACCUCUCUAUUUAGAAGAUAAAGAAUACGAGAUUCUAUAUAUAAUACUUAUGUAUAUAAAUAUACAAUAUAGCGUCGAUUCGGUCAAGAAAUUUUUUGACUUUUCAGCCGCGCGACGACGAAAUAAAGCCUAGCAAAUUUGAUUCUCUGGAAUAUAAGACACAUGAGAAUAUCGAAAUGAACACGUUUUCGAGAUUGUUUUUCGGCUUCGAAUCGCUUUUCGACUUUUAAUUUGUAAGUCUCGUUAGACGUUAGAGAUUACUCAUCGGGCUCCAUUAAUUUUGUACAAUCGAUCACAUAUGAAACGCACAUUGUUCUAUGCCGAUUGUUUAGUAACUUUCUACCAAAUUUCCUUAUUUUCGGCGAUGCAUUACGGUAUAUUCAACUGGUACGACACGUAUUUUUGUUGCGUAUUGCACCAGCUUAGUACACCGUAGUUUACACGCGUCUAUAUUAACAUAAUUCAACAGAUAACUAUACAAUACGUGUAUCAAACGAUCAAUGUAAACUAACAUAUUAUUGCGUGGAAUUUUAAUACGUUGCAUCAGGCGCGUCCCUCUUUUUCCAUUUCUUCUUCUUUUUUUUCUUAGAACCCACGGUAAAUACGUGACGUACGUUUAUACGACAGACUUUCUCCGAUUGAUUGUCGAGUCUCGGUACUAACGUGGACCGAUAUGUUCGAUAUGAGUCAUCGGCGUGGAUAAGUGUCUGCGCGAUACGAUGAGAGCGAUAUAACGUGCACUCGUCCGUUGGUUGUUGCACUUCGCGGCGAUACGCUCGGUGCGCGUGCACGGAGGAGAAACAAAGAAUGUUUGCGAGUGCAAUCUCGGCUCGAGAAAGAUCUGUCCUCGUUACCGGUGUUAUUUCGGUACGUUCGUUGACUGAGUCAGUUGUACUCGUGCGUGAUUGGCGUUACGCAAUUUUGUUGCCAAGUAUGUGAUAACGGGGAGUAGGAAGAGUUUUCAGAAUGAGCGAGCGAGCGAGUGAGUGAAUGAGUAAUAACGAUGCUGUUCGUAAAAAGGAAGAGAGUAGUUUUACGCGAUUAUGACGCUGCGCGAUAGCGUUGAUCUUUAUUGACACUUCGUUAGAAAUAGCGCGCCCUCGUCUCGUGGGGGAAUAUAGAUUCAAAUUGCAGAAGAGGCCGGCCUAUUUUGUCCUGAGGUGACGCGUUCUCAAUUUGAAGCGUUCAUGCUACGUUCCAAUAAUAUAAUGUAAUUUGUCAAGAAACACUUUGCACAUUUUCUCGUCAGCCACAAAAUCGACGCGUUAGUUAUCGCAUAUGCGUGUACAUAUUAUGAAAUUAAUGUAUCAAUAUGUACGUAUUAAGGAAAUCUAUCGGUGAGAGAUCGCAGUAGUCAUGCGAUUCAUUACCUUUAAGCUAUUCAAUGUACAAUAAUAUGUUAUUAUUCUCGGUUUUUAUACGGCGCGUUUUCUCGGCAUACGUGUGUCCAUAUAAUCAGAUGAUAGCUCCUCCCGUUUCGUAGAUUUCCGCGCACCAACGAUUGCGACGUCGUUUCAAAAGACUGUGUUAAUAAAAUUUGAUACGCGACGGUGACCACCGAGUGAACGCGCGACGGAGCGUGCACGUGUUAGGAUAUUCUGUAGAAAAAAUGAAGAAGAAAAAAAGAAAAAAGAAACUCUUGUAGAUAGCACCUUCUUUUGUAUGUUCAUACAUCGUGUAACGACGGAGCUCUAAGAUUCAUUUGACAUUUUACAAUUUCACCUCAGUGCAAUACACUGCGAUGCGCAUUCGCUCCGGAGAUGGUCCGCACGGCUGUGUGCUAAAUAGAUCAACGGUAUCUAUGUAAAUAGGAUAAGAGAGAACACACAUCAGGAUACAUAUAAUAUAUAUUCACAUAUAGAUAUAUAUGUUUACAUAUACAUAUAUAUAUUCACAUAUAUAUAUAUGUACAUAUACGUACAUGCAUACGUAUAUAUAGAAUAAGGAUAUAGACAAUUUUAUAAAUCCGGCCUGAUUCGGAUAUAAAAGUAAAACGCUAGUUGGCUGUAGAUAAAUAAAAAUGCAGAGCGAGACCGUA